AUGAAAUUAGGAGAAUUAAGUGAAGGGAAUAUGACCAUGACCAUGCAUCCAACAUCUGUUUUACAGCUUCCAGAUGGCAGAAAUGUGAUGAUUUGCCCUGAUGGAUCUGGUAAAUAUCUUAUUAAAGAAGUAGCAGUGGAUGAGCCUUCUACAAGAAAAGAAGAACAAGAAGUUACUACUAUUGAUGCAAUACCUCAACAAAAUAUACCACAACAAUAUCGACCUCAAUAUCAACCUCAACAAUAUCAACCUCAACAAUAUCAACCUCAACAAUAUCAACCUCAACAAUAUCAACCUCAACAAUAUCAACCUCAACAAUAUCAACCUCAACAAUAUCAACAACAACAUCAACCUCAACAAAACUCAAUUCCAAAGGAUUAUUUACAAAGAAUUCCACCAUUUUCCCCAUAUCCUCAAGUAUCGGACCUGUACGAUGCUCAAUGCUUAUAUAAUAGAGCUAAUAAAGAUUUAUAUGAUCUUAAUUUCCAAUUAGAACAGUUAGGAAGCUUUGGAAUUACAUCUGGAUCCUUUAAUGAAUUCCAAUAUAGAACAUUUAAACAAAGAAUUCAAUAUAUAAAAUCUGUAAUAAAUUAUUUAGAAGAUACUUUUGGAUAUCAAGUACGUACAAUGCCAAGAAUCAGAAGAAAUGGACCAAUAGGAACAACAACAAUAGUUAUAAACAAUGUUGAAGUUCCAUUCUUUCGUCCUAUCCCAGUUCCAAUUCCAAUAGGAUCAUUUAUUCCAUAUACCCCACUUUUCCCAUAUUUUGGUCCAGAUUUCUAUGAUGUGAAUUUAUAUUUUGGAAAUAGUUAUUUUCAACCAUUUUUAUUUAAUCCUGGUUCAGCAUUUUAUUUAUUCGGCUCAAACUACUUUAAUAUUGAUAUUAGUUUAUUCUCUAGCCCUCUAAGUUUUUCUUAUGAUCCAUUUUUUACAUCAACAUUUUUUGAUGUUGGAUUUCAAUACCCAAUACAAGGAUUUUAUUCACCUUAUAUUGGCAUUGGUGAUUUCUCUGGACCAUUUAGCAACAUUGUUUCUGUAGAUACUCCAUUUAUGGAUUAUAAUUCAAUACAAACACCACUUGGUGGUGUUACAUCAAUAGAUACUCCUUUGGCAGAUAUUACAUCAAUGGAUACUCCUUUUGCAGAUAUUACAUCAAUAGAUACUCCUUUUGCAGAUAUUACAUCAAUAGAUACUCCUUUUGCAGAUAUUACAUCAAUAGAUACUCCUUUUGCAGAUAUUACAUCAAUAGAUACUACUUUGUAA